AUGGAAACCCUUGGCCACGAGCACCAGAAUCCCGUUCCAGAAUGGGUGGCCGGGAUGGUGGGCAGUCUGUCUGCCACUCUCAUGGCACUUGUGAUCGUUAUCAAUGCCGUGGCGGCCAAGCCAAAAGAUUCCGGCGAAAGGGAUCACUACCGCACGGGCAUGUUACUGAGCUUCUUUGGUGGCCAGCUCUCAGCUUCUGUCAUUGCUAGCUACUUUCUGUGGUUCGUGCUCACGCUGUCGGUGAUGGUUCCAUUCUUUUGGUUCUCUGAGCCAGAGCAGCCAAGAGCAAUAAAAGCAGGAGGUAAUAUUACUGCCUCCAUCAACUUCUGUGAAGGUCCUGAUUUUCACCAUUCCGAUGUGCUGGCAGAGCCAGUUAACGUGGCUACAUCGAUGCUUUUCUAUAUGCCGGUUGGUCUCAUUGGCCUCCUGGGACCAGCUUGGAAAGAAGGAAGGUGCGAGCUGCGUUUCUUCCUGUGCUACGGGGGCGUGGCCCUUGUUGGAAUUGGUUCCGGAGCGCUUCAUGCAUCGUUGGAUGCAGUAGCGCAAGCUGGAGAUGAGCUCCCCAUGCUGUAUGCCAGUGCUAUGCUAGCAUACUGCUGUGCAGACUUCUUCUUAACAAAGCGAGGCUGGGGCCGCGCUGCAGCGUGGUUACCCUGGAUCACAGCAUUCAUUACAGCAGGGAACACUGUCCUGUAUGUUGCUUCUCGAGAUGAUUUUGGCAUUUUUGCCGCCACCUUUGCAGCCUACGUCUCCGUCCCCGUGCUCUACUUCAGUUGCUACUGCUUGCAAUGGACGUCGGCCAUUUCCAACGACGCCAUCGAAGGCCCUAUCCGCUACCAGGUGAUUAGACCUUUGAGUUUGGCCUUGGGGGCUAGCCUUGCAAUGGGUGGCAUGUGCUGGGCCAUGGAGAUGGGGAUGUGCUCUGCCGUGAUUAAUUAUCAGCGGCUUGGCGAUGACUGGGCACCUUUUCUUUGGCGCUAUGUGCUACACUCCCUUUGGCAUGCUGGCACAGCCAUGGCUGCAAUGCUGAUGAUCCAAAAUUUGCUUGUGGUGCGAGGCAUGCAGAUGGGCUGGGGCCACCCAAAGUUGGAAUGGUAUGGACUGCCCUAUGUCCGCUUCAACGUGAAGGCAGACUAA